AUGAAGCCAUACCUACCAUUAGAAAUCAUCACAAAUAUCCUCUUGAGACUCUCCCCUCGAAGCAUUGCAACUUGCAAAUGCAUUUGCAAACCAUGGCUUAAUCUCAUUGAGAGUGAUGCUUUUGUCAAGUCCCAUUUUUCUAUAUCGGCCCCCGCCCUAGCUGUUUCCAUUACCAAGUGGGAUUCGAAUUGGUUUAGUGUUUUCAAAUUGGAAGACGAGCUCGAGCCGUUCUCAAAUUGGUUCGAUGUUUAUGCCAAGCAUGGUCCAAUCACCAAGUUUGAUUUUCGUCGAGAAUCAACAAUACAAUGUUCUGCCAAUGGUCUGCUUCUUUUAAAAAAUGCUUUCAUGGAUGAUAAUCUCUAUGUAUGUAAUCCCAUCACCCAUGAAUUUGUUGAGCUAUGUGGGCGUGUUACUCGGAAGGGAGAUCGUUUUGGAUUUGGAGUGAGCAAAAUAAGCGGACAACAUAAAGUUGUCUAUCAUAGCCCUGAAUCUGGAUUUCAUGUGUACACUCUUAAAGCGGGAUCUUUGUGGAGAACCGUCGAAGCCGCCCCCCCUUUUUCUGAUUAUUGCGACUCCUCCAUUUGUGGUGCAUUUUUUAGUGGCAAUCUCCAUUGGUUAGUUAAAAGUACGACAGGGGAUGUUCAUAUUUGUUGCUUUGAUCUUGAAACAGAACGUUUUAGCACAUUUCUUGUGCCUGUUGAUAAUGUCACAUUUAAAAGGGGGAAGUUGUAUGGUUUGGGGGAUUGCCUAUGUAUUCUUAAUGAUACAAUAGCUAAUAAUGUGAUAUGGUUGUUGAAAGAAUAUGAACAAGUGGAGAAAUUUUGGAUGACUAUACAACUCAUCGAGGAAAAGCCUUUGGAGCUUAGACGUGUGAGGCAUGAGAAUUUUAUAUUUGGAUUUGUUGCAUUUGCAUGA